AAUGGCUUCAUCCCCUUCUGCCCGUUCAAUGUCAUAUUAUUUCAUUUUCAUAAUAGCAUACUAUUCACCAAUGUUUAUUGUACCAAUCGAAUCCCAAAAAAGUUCACCAUUUCUUAAUAUUCCUUUUCCAUUCUUCCCUUUCCAUCUCCCAUCACAUGAUAAUAAUAAUAAUAAUUAUAAUAUUGUGCCUAAAUCUUCAUUUGAUAUUCAAAAAUGUUGGGGUUCAAUGGAUCAUGAUAUGGCGGUGUGUAUGGUCGAGGCGAAUGCGUUUCUGGGACGGAGUCUGCCUCAGGCUCCGAGGUUGAGCACAACAUGUUGCAUGGCCUUUAAAGAGAUGACUGAUCGAUGUGCUAAGAAUGGGUUUGCUUUUGAUGUCUUCAUCCCUCCAUUGGUAAAGGAGUAUUGUGGUUUUGGUCAAUGAAUGUUAAGUUACUCUAUAUCAUUAUGUGUCUUUUGUGGUACUUGGAUUCAGUAAUAUUAUGUUAAGGGGUAACUUUUCAAUUCUGAAAGAUAAAAUUGCAAAGGUAAUGUAAUCAC